UCCUGACCGGCCACCUCCCCUGCGCGGCCCCUGGACCGAAGGCGGCAUGAGGAACCCUCUGGACGCCGGCUCCGGCCACCGCUCUGCCUGGAAACGGCUGCUUCUAACAGGCACCCUGCUCGCAUCCUGCACCUCCUCUGCCUCCCCGGAGCUGCCCUCCUCUGCAUCUCUGGACCCCAAGACUGAAGAAGCCAGUGCCCACCUGCCUGUCCCUGGAAACCUCGAUGGCGUUCUCUCCACUUCUUGGUUCCCAGGGCACAAGGCCCAGCCAGAAACCAUGAUCUUCUCCCCUGAGGGCCUCCCAGGGCCUGGCCACACUGGCCAGGAGAUGCUGGGCACCCAAGGCAACCUGGACAUCACAAGCAUGACAGCUCAAGACUCGGGCAGCCACACCGCAGUGCCGGGAACCAGCAGGAGACGCGGGAAUGCGACGGAGCGGAUACAUGUCAGGGGUUUUAAAUGCCAAUUGCAAACUACAAAAUGGUUUCGCCCAAACAUGGGUCUCACUCACAGCGUAACAAGCUCCGCUCUCAACCCAGUGAUGCUGCUGACGUUCCCGGAGACUCUCCAGGGAGUCAUCCAGAGUGAACUCAACUACUCGGUGAUCCUGGAGUGUCUGAUUUGGAUCAUCCCCGAUCCCGUGAUGCACUGGACCCUCGACGGGAAGCCCUACAGGACCGGGGAGAGGCUGAUCAUCCGGAGGCUGUCCUGGGAGCAGCUGGGCACCUACGUGUGCACAGCCAAGGGCAGCCAGGAACAGUAUUCCUCCACGCCUGUGACCGUCUCCCUGCCCCGAGACAACGUGGGUCCCACAGUACCUGAGCCCAUUGAGCCGGACCCCAGUCUCACCCUGUCAGGGGGAGCUGCCCUGGGCCUCCUCCUGGCUGGAAACAUAGGGGCCCUAAUGCUGAUCGGAGGCGUGGGCUUCACCAUCGUCCAGAGCCAAAGGACUGACAGACAGAGAAUGUGGAGAUGCUGCUGAGGUGCGGGCACCUGCCUGUCAGCCUAAGAGGUGACACUGGGAAGGUUGCGAAGAGAAUCCCAGGGCCAGGGACAAGGCCAAGUUCUGGAGGCUAUGAGACCCCCUCCUGGUUUUCUGGUCAUUUGUCCAUGGGACGUUGCCAUCCUGUGGAGGGGCCUCAGGACUGCUUCUCUUUCCCCUCACCAGCUGCCAACACUCCAUCCGGCCAGCUCACCGAACCCUGGCAGCCACGUAAACAAGCAGUCUGUAGUUCAUAAAACUCUCGGGCUGUCAGCCAAAGAAACUCACUGAAGAGGCUCAAUAAAAAAACAAAAGGAAGAAUUUAAUAUAAUGACCAAGA